AUGGGGGCCACAGAACUCUGGAAAGCAAUUCGAAAUGAAGCAGCAAAGAAGACAAGUCUUUGCUGCUUCCGCCACCGGCGCCUCGCUGUAGACAUCGCCGGCUGGAUCGACAGGGCGAUCCGCCCUGUAGCGCUGCAGCUGCUGCAGGAGCAGCAGCAGCUAAACUCUCGUGCUGCUGCUGCUGCUGCUGCUGCUGCAGCUUCUCCUUCUGGUUUGUCUCAUUCGGAUUUGCCUUCUUCUCUUUUGUCUCUAUUCGCUGCUGCUUGGACUUCCAUUGGCCAGCAGCUUUCUUUGCUGCAGCAAGCAGAGAUCGAACCGAUAUUUGUGUUUGAAGGAGCUCCUCUGAAGGCUAAAGAAGAGAAGCAGCGAAAGCGGAAGCAGUUUGCGGCAGCUGCAGCAGCAGCAGCAGUUCGCCUGCAGGCUGCGGGCAACGCUGCAGGGGCUUUGCAUGCAGCUCGUGCUGCAGCAGCAAAUUUGAUUGUCUUUGAUUUAUUUCGAAUUUUUGUUCAACAGAAAUUAAAGUGUUUGGGGUGUACGUACAUCGUGGCCCCUUACGAAGCAAAAGCACAAAUAGCUCAACUUGCUGCUGCUGGCGUUGCGGCAGCAGCAGUUUCAGACGACAUGGAGCUGCUGGCAUAUGGCUGCACACAACUCCUCUCAGGCGUACGCGCAGAUGGCUCUGCCUCUUUAAUUUCUUUUUCUUUUUUCAACUCUUCGAAAUCCCUUUCGCUGCAGCAGCAGAACUGGAGUGUACGUACACUGCAGGUGGCCAGGUGUCUGCUGAGCUUCGAAGCAGCAACGAACAAAAAGGGAAAAUUCAAUUUGAAGGAUGCAAUUGCACUUAUAGACAAACACGGCGAUCUGGAGGCGAUUGAACGAGGCCUCUGCGCCGCGGAGAGCGACAGACACAAAUCGAGGUGUACGUACACCUCAGCAAGCGGCACUCAGAAGCUGCUGCUGGCGUACAGACACCAGACGGUUUUUGCAUUUGACGAAAGCGUGAGAAAAAAGGGAAAAUAA